CUUGGAGGAGAAACCAUGCCUCGGGUGCUCUUCUGCGCGAGGACCUGUCCUCCUCUAGAGCCUCCUUUCCCCUUGCCGCCCGCAAGUCACAAGGAGCCACCAUAUACGCCAUCAAUUCUGUCUACUACCGCAACCCAACAGCACUUUGUUGACCUUGAUGAUCCGACUUCCCCUACAUCCCCGCUCCCUGAUACCAACAACCAAGAACAGGAUUACUACGAGUAUGAGACUGACAGUGACUGCCCGCCUACCCCGGAGCAGCAAGACUACAGCGAUAUCGAGGAUGAAUCUUCCCAAGCACAUCUGCUGAAUGUCCCAGAGUAUGCCAACACCGCGCUACAGCACUACAACAGCCAGGACGAGCACAAGAUCAAGUAUCGGCUCAUAAAAGCCAUUGUCAGCUGCAAAAUCAUAUACGAUGGUUUCUAUCAGCAUGUGAAUUUCACGGCAAAAAGUGAUCUGGAGAAUUCAAAGGAGGAGUUCUUCUUUGCGGAGCUACGACUUGAUCAUGAUAUACAAGCUUGGGUGCCUGUAUGCAUAGUUGCUCUACAAGAAAACGAGAGAGUAGGUGGGUUUUCGGAGCUCGUAGGCAAAGGUGGUGUUGAUCCCCGACAUUGUUUUGGUUGUGGAGAUAUAGUGAAGCACCCACUGGAUGGAUCCUUAUAUGAGGCUGGUCAUUAUCUAGUUGAGAAUUGCUUCUUUCAUAAAUAUAUUGAAGUACUUCCAGCAACUCAACCGUGUGUGCAAGACCAAGUCAUAUAGCGGCCUGGUACGGGGUUGGCUGGGCAAAGCAGCGGAUCUGCUAUCCAAGUGGCGUUACGGGGUGUUCUCUGUCUGACAUGCCAUGGAUAAGAGGGUGGUGCUUUUUCUGUCGGUGGAUGUUCCGGCAUUGCUCAGAAGAUCCGAUGGAACUGUUGUGUUUUUCCUUCUUAUUCAAGGUGUUCUCAGUUGUCCUUUCUCACUCUCUCCAUAGUGUCCUCAUGUGCGUGUGUUGAUGGAAUGGACAUGCGAUAACUUUGUACAAAGCUAGGAAUGACUUUUAGGGAUAUAUUAUUGUAAAGGCUGAUUGUAGGAUUUUUCGAUGAAACGAGUCUACUCUUCUGGAGAUCGAACUUUCCA